CAAACAAGUCAGUAAUGUUUCUCCUGUGGUUGGGUGGACAUCACAGAAGUAAAGUUUACUCUUUCUUCUCUGCUUGCCGCUGUUUACUACAAAGGUGGAACAGUAGUGUGUGCAAAGUUAACUCCAUGCAACCUUUUUGCCGAUCGCAUUGUUAUCCUCUGAAAGGAAGGCACUGCGUAGGGACAGAAGAACAAAAGAAGCAAGGUUGGCACUUCCUUGCGUGUAGGGAUAUCUCGCCUUUACUCUGCUUCCCUUCCCGUGUCUGGAUUUUCCUGGCUAGGAGAACGGAUUGACUCGCAUAGGGAAAGUGUGCGAGCCGGCCGGCGCGAGUUAUUCUGCCUUCCCUCGAAUUGUGCAAAAGGCGGGCUUGGGGGACAGUCCGACGGGCGCAAAGAUACGCGAACGCCUGGGGAGUUCCUGCGUGUGCUUUCCUUCCUCUUUCCUGCGACAUGAACGUUUGGUGUUAAAAUUAUUCUGUCGUGCCCUUGAGUAAAACAACUGAGCGUCGUCGAUGUUGAGCUAAGGCUCUGUCCUCAGUGUUUCUAUUGGCAAAGCUGCACCCACUUUGAGUGGUUAAAAAUGCACAGUCGCUUUUGUCCCAUCGACGUCGACGGGAGAGUUAAGCCCAUCAAUCAAUGGGGUUUAGCAUGCUUAGAUAUGGCUGGAUUGUUUCCAUACAUGAGAGAAGCAAACGUAUAUGGAGGUAGUUUGUUCUUGUCUGUAAAGGCACAACUUUGCCUGAAGAUAUUUUGGAGUAAAAAAGGUAUCUCCAGCUUGAAAUAAGAAGCUGUCUGCACUGCCAAUGAGUGAAGCCUCAUUGCAGAACAAACCGGGGGAGGCCUCAGAAGGUGAAGAUGAUGAUAUGGCAUUUGGAGACUUGGGAAAUGGACUUCUUAGAAGACAGAGUGAUAUUUGUGAACUGGAAGGCUUCAGUGUACACACAGGUAGGCCUAGAAGAUGCUCAGCAAGGAAAAGCUUCAGUCCGUUUAUGUUGCCAAACAAAAGAGAAGAAUAUGAUGCAGCCGUUUUUCAUUGCUCAAGAUGUAACAGUUUGAAUGACAUGUCAGUUAAAAAGAAUGGAAUUAAUGGAUUUUCUAGCUGCAGCCGGCAAAACAGUUCUGAGUCUAACUCUGAGGUGUCGAAUGAAGAAUUAAGGCAGCACCUUCAAGAAGCUGUAGAAGUAAGUACAGUUUCGGAAGUGGAAAUAUUAAGAGUUGAUUUGGAAGCAUCUCAAAGACAACUUGAAGGCAAAGAACAAGCAUUAAAAAUUCUGCAGAGCAUGGCAGUAUUGGACAAAGCCACUAGUCAUACUAAAGACAUGUUUAAAAAAACAGAGCAACAAAAGAGAGCUUUAGAAAAGGAGAUCAAUGUUCUGCAGUGGGAGAUCAAAAUUAUUCAGGAGAGAUUUAAAAAUAUAGAGGAGUCUUGGGCAGAAAAAUUUGACAGAAUACAUUGUGAAAAUGCUGCACUUAAGGAAAGACUUAAAUUGAAAAUUGAUGAAGUUAAAACACUGAAGUCUGAAAAUGAAAUUUUGGCUCAACAGCACUUGGAGAUUCUUGCAAUGCUUGACAUAAAACAGCAGAAAAUUGUUCAGGAGAACAUGUCACUCAAUAAGAGUGGAAUUACAGAGAUUACAGGACUUGAAUUGGCAGUACUAGGGGCCUGUACUUGCAGUAGUCCUGAGGGAGAGCCAUGCUCCUGUGCAAAAAUGUCGGCAGCAACUCGGAAACAACUCCUUCAGCUCAAACAAGAGACUGAAUUUUUGAAGAAGAGUAAAGAUGAAGCUUAUAUAAUGGCAGAUGCCUUCAGAAUUGCCUUUGAGCAGCAGCUGAUGCGGAGGAAGGACCAGGCUCUGAGACUUGCACAAAUGAAUAAGAUCUGCAAAAAAGAAACUAAGCGAGUAAACUGGAAAAGCUUGAAAGACGAUGGUGUUUUAAUGUUGCAAGGGAAUAGAAAAGGCUUGGGACAAAAGUUGAUGGGCAUGCUUGCUUCUGGCACAGACAGUAAGAAAAUUGAAGAACUGGAUAAUCCUCCGGAAAUCAUCAGGAUGCUAAUAGAUUUGCUGAAUGAUAAGGAAGAAGCUUUGGCCCAUCAAAGGAAAGUUAGUUAUAUGCUUGCCCGUGCAUUGGAAGAGAAAGAAAACAGUUUGCAACAGAAUAAAGAAAAUAAACUUUCAGAAGAGGAGCUGGAUAUAAAGAUCAAUCCAUGCGGAAAAGAUCCAGAGCCCCAAGAAUCAGUUGUUCCUAUGUGCUCAUGUUGUCAACCACAUUCUGCUGAAAACAGCUCCUGCUCCAUUUCCAAUACAAUUCAGGAUUCUGCUGAAACUACUAAAAGGUCAUGUUCUCUGAUAUCUGAUACUGUGUUUUGUAGAGAAAGUGAUGUGCAUGAAGCAAAGGAAACAGCUGAUACGAACUGAAGAUGUGGGCUGUGCUGUGUUACAGUGUGAGGGACAGAAAAAUGGCGAAGACAGAACACUUCCUUAGUAUUCAUAAAGCUUGAUUCUAGUUUUAAGCUCCAUGCCUGCUUCAGAGCACACACAGAGCUCUUGUGUGAGUGGGCUUCUCUACUGUUUUUCAUUUAAGGGACAGGUUUCUGUGUACAGCAAUACAUAUAUAAAUGUGCCUCUUACAUGGAAUUCAUCAGAGAAGUCUAUGUGCAUGCAGAAGUAUUGUGUGCCUAACGAAUCCCUGGAAUUGGUUAUAAUUCUAUUAUCCUAAUUUAUUGAGCUUUUUUAAUUAAGAGAUUUUAUGCACAUUUCACCAUUAAGAUUAAAUGUAAGAUAACUAGCUGCAGAAAAUAAUUUAAUACUGUGCAGUGUGUGUUUAUGGCAGAUUUCUGUAAACACUUAGGAUUUUGUUUGUAACUUCUUUGUACAUUCUGUUAUUGGAAGGUUGGGUGAUUUUGGUGGGAUGGAGUUGUUUUUUGGAAGCACUUUCAUGGUGAAGCAAAAGGGAGCUUAUAUGCUCUGAAGAUGGAUAACACUUUGGUUAUCUACUGAAUAAUUCUGCUGUAAACGCUUGUGUUUCUCUUAAAGUUGAAUUGGGGCAAAUUAACCCUUGAGCAGUCUGCAAGUAGAACCAGGAAUACUGGAUUAGCAAUGUUCAUGCAUAAAGAUGAUGCAUAUCUCAGUGUUUAAAUAAAUCAAUCCAUCUUUAUUUAUUUUGUAUUACUCUAUGUAAACCGCUUUGGAAACUUUUGUUUAAAAGGGGUAUAUAAAUAUUCAUCAUAGUAGUAUUGUUUCCCAGCCUUUUUCUAUGCUGGCCUUGGGCCGAAAUAAACAAAUAAACAGUAAA